AACCGGGCUAGAGCCGGAUGCCAGACCUAGAUAUUUUCAUGACCAUUUGUCACAGCACUCCUCCUCUAUCCACAGGCAGCCGCCGCCGCCGCUCCACCUCUUCUCUCCUCCAUCACACGCUGUCAGCGAGCUCUCCAAGCCCCUCAAUACUCGGCCCUCCUCUCUCUGCUCCCCAUCUCUUCGGCUUGGAUCAUUCGUUCUCCGCCUUUCCUCGCUCCGUUCCCCUCCGCCCAACCACCACGAUCACCUCCUCCUCCUGUACAUCGGCGGGCGGGCACCGGCCGGCGAUGAUAUCCACCAUCGCCACCACCGUCGGGAGCGGGGGGCUCCCCGUCCGCCCAUCAUCGACGUCGCCCAGAGGACGUCCCCGCAGAUGUGCCGUCCGAGCUCAAGCCGCAGGAGCGGAUGCCUCCGACGGCAAGUCAGUGGAGAUCAUGCGCAAAUUCUCCGAGCAGUACGCCCGCCGCUCCGACACCUUCUUCUGCGCCGACAAGUCCGUUACCGCCGUCGUCAUCAAGGGACUUGCUGAUCACAAGGAUCAACUCGGAGCUCCUCUAUGCCCUUGUAGGCAUUAUGAUGACAAAGCUGCUGAGGCAGCACAAGGAUUUUGGAACUGCCCAUGCGUUCCCAUGCGCGAGAGGAAGGAAUGCCAUUGUAUGCUUUUUCUUACUCCCGACAAUGAUUUUGCUGGAAAGGACCAGGCUAUUACCUUGGAGGAGAUCAAAGACGCAACAUCAAAGAUCUAACCCCCGUUCAUUUUACGCCUCAUGCUUUACUCGAUAGCUAUUUUUUAUAUGUAUAUGUAGCAUGUAUAAGAUAUGCCACCGGAGAAAUUUGUUGAGAAGAUGUGUAGAAAUUUUAUAUGUAUAAGAUGUACUAUGGAGCGCCUUUGUUGUAACUGGGCUUCAUUUCUUGAA